AGCGAAGUAGCCGCUCUUCGCCGGGUUGGGAACCAUGGAAAUAUCACCCAGCUCUUGUCUUACGAUCAGCACUACUUGACCCUCACCCUGCGGCACGAGCAGGGUCAAAGUCUCGACAAGUUCCUUGAUUCUAGUCAAAGGUGUACAAUACCACCAUCCUCCGCUAUCCUUGUCUGGAAACAGGUAACCUCCGCGGUGUCGCAUCUCCAUUCUCUGAACCUGGUUCACGACGAUAUCAAACCCGACAACAUCGUCUGGUCACCCGAGGACCAUCACGCGGUGCUAAUCGAUUUCGGUGCCGCGCUGGAUCUCGAUGUACUGCCCAAAGACUACUUCAACCCGUCGGGAACGCCGAGCUACGCACCGCCGGAAUUCCUGUUGAAGAGGAAAGGACCUGAGGCCGAUGUCUGGGAACUUGGGAUUGUU